AGGUCUGAAUAUAGUUUGUCCUAAAUUCACUUCCCACGUGGUAGAUACUGAGUUCACCUGAGCAGACAAGCUGGACGGACUUAUAAUGUGCUGGGAAGCAAUAGCAAGCUUUUUAGCAAGGAUACGUUGCUUUGCAUGCAGAACAGAAAAGACCCUGUCCACUAACAGUCUUCAAGUGAUCUGCCUGGCAGAGCAGAUGCCAAGGAAGGAGAAGCAGAUUUCAGAACUGCAGAAAAAUAACAAUGAAUUGGUUGAUCUGAUACAAAGAGUUAACAAGAAAAUAACCUCAGCCCAGGACACAGUGGCUGAAAUUAAAGCCCAGCUACUCUCUAUGAAUGAGGUAGCAAUCCAUCUUGCCCAGGAGAACAACAAUACAGAGAUUCAGGAUAAAAAAAACCCUGAAGAAUUCGGAAAGGACGAUAUUGAGAGUCUGAAAUCUGUUAUUGGUAUAAAAAAUAAAUUACUUCGCAAACAGGAAAACCAGCUAUUGCAAUACAGAGACAUGGUGAAAGAUAACCUGAUUGUUGACAAUAAAGCCCUAGAACAGGAAAACCAAGUACUAAGAAUGCAGUCUAAAAGGAAAACGAGUGGAAACCUCUUUUGGACAAUAAAGAAUCUCAACACCCUAAUAGACGAGGUGAAUGGAGUAUCGGACCCACCAAGUAUUUAAAGGGAUUACUCACUAGCACGCAAAAAACUUUUAUUGCACAUGUAACAUUAAAUAAAUGAAUGAGAAAAAGAAAA